CGCUCAGCUUUGCUCUAGGCUUUCGGCCCCCGGCCGCUCCAUGUUCCUACAGCUUCUCCUCGUUCUGGCCAACGACGCACAGGAUCGACUCCGGACCAGCGACGCGCAGGACCGCUUCCGGUUCGCGGUGGACUCGCAGCUUGAGGCGGUGGUGGGCGAAGCCGCAGCGAGCGGCCUCACCGACAAGGAGGCGGUCGUCGCGGCCGACGCGGACGCCGCCGCGAACGCGACGUGCUGGGAGCCGCUGCCGGGUGGCCUGUUUGGCAACGCGACCGAGUCAGGAGGCUACAACAAGUUCGUGCUCGUGCUCGUCGAGGGCUCCUUCCUUGGGCUGAUUGGCCUCGACCGGCUCUACCUGGGCCAGCCUUGGACGGCGGUACUCAAGGGCCUGACGUUUGGCGGCUUUGGCGCCAUGUUCUUUGUCGACUACUUCAGCGUGAUGGCCAACGCCGCGGCGCUGGACGAGGGCAUCCCCGGCUCCUUCUAUGCCCAGACGCUCACGGUCGAGUGCAAUGCAACGGCGCCCGCCCUCGAGUACCUCUCGUCGUGCGAGCCGGUUUCGCACGCGCACUGGAGCGACUGCAACCUGCUCUUUGCGAGGUACGCCGCGCUCGCCUCCACGCUCGGCGGCGCGGCGCUCCUGUACAAGGGCGGCUGGCACGUCUUCAACAAGCUCUUCGACGCGAUGAGGUCGGCGGCCGACAACGCAAAGGCGCUCGUCUGACCCGCCGGCCCAGCCGCCGCGCAUGGCGCAGUCGCCGCCGGGCGUGCACGCGAGGAGAGGUGCGAAUAGACAAACAGAUUAGACGGGAGAGGGAGGAUAGCCUGUAUGCAACAAAGAAAGAAAGCAAGCAAUUCGCGU